CAGCUCCCGCACCGUGUCCCCCCCCUCACCAGGCAGUCAGUCUGCUUCCGUGUUGUGAUGAUGACGUCAGGGGGGAGGAGCCGGGUGACGGGACUCCCCCGACUGUCCACAGGGAUGGAGACUGAGUACAGAGAGGGGCUGUGACCAGUCGCGGACCUAAUAAUCUGGACCAGGUGGAAUACGGAGUUACACCAGGGCUUUUGAAGAUGGCGGCGUGUCGCAGGUGCUGCCUCCCGGCUGCAGGGGGAAGAAGAAGGACGGACCCAUGAGCCCACGUCUGGGGACUCGUAUAAAGGACUCCUGCUGAAAUCCAUCUGAGCACAUGCAGAACAUCAGGUCUUUAUUUCCUGAGAAAAAAACUGAACGACCCUUUGAUGCAGCAGGAAAGAGGAUCUUCAAGCACUUUUACCGAAAAGAAAAAUCACUGAAGAAGAUUUAGGUGAACUGGACAGAAAAACAACGCACAACAACAUUUGCUCGUUUAAAAAAUGGCCAAAGGAGGGAAAUAUUUCUGAUGUCAUCCACUAAAGCUCCAUUUUUAUUUCCGCUUCCUCACUCCCGUUUCCAGCCUGGCUCUAACAUCAGUCUAUUUGAACAACGGAUGGGUACUUCCUGUUUCUGUGAACUCGCUGGCAGCCCUCAAAGAAUCAGCCGUCAUGUCUGGUAGAUUGGGGAACUGGUAAUUCUCCAGUAUCUCCCCUCCCAACUACCCCCAUCAUCCCCCUAUCUCCGGCCUCUUCUAUCCCAUAGAAGAGCUCCAUGAAAAUGGAGGCUCGUGAAUCAGCUGACGUUGGGCACAAAUUCGCAAAUAAGGAACAAGUAAAGGAGAAGGUGCCGCUGCAAAGAAAGUGGGUUUCCGAGCCCUCUGCAACCACCAAGCGAAACACUUUCGCUGACCCGGAGUCGAAACAACGUGAGAGUUUGCCAUGUGGUGCCACCGGAGGAACAGCACCUCAUCAGAAGUACGCGGUCACAGGAAAUUCUGGAAAGCUGCUAUCUGGACCCUCUGCAGUUGGGGCCAUAGGAGGCCCGCCACCUCAAGACCCACAAAGGCCCUUUGCUCAGGGGUUUCCAAGGGGAUACUCCUACCAGCUGAGCCAGCCAUACCCUCAGCACCCCCAAACUGAGCGCUUCCUCUCAGGAGCCAAACCCCAGCCCGGCCUAGAGCCUCAUGCUUGGCCAUUUGCUGGCCAGUUGCCCUCAGAUGACCUGUACCCUGUGGGACACCCGGGACAUACACACCCUCAUGGGGCUGGGAGGUUUCCCCGACAGAAAUCUCCCAGUUUACCCAGCUCCUUUGGACAGUAUUCUCAGUCAGGCCCCGAGCCUGGAGAGGAGGGGUACAGCAAAAAAGAGCAGAAGCCGAAAAAGCCUGGUAAGUACCUAUGUCACUACUGUGGUCGAGCUUGCGCCAAGCCCAGCGUCCUGAAGAAGCACAUCCGCUCACAUACUGGAGAAAGGCCAUAUCCAUGUGUACCCUGUGGCUUUUCCUUCAAGACCAAGAGCAACCUUUACAAGCAUCGCAAGUCCCACGCUCACGCCAUCAAGGCUGGACUCGUACCAUUUUCAGAGCUAGCCGUGGCCCGCAGUGGGGACAUGGACCAGGCGUCGCCAGUGGGCGAUGCUGAGGUCCACUCGGAUGGAGAGCAGAGCACCGACACGGACGAGGAAGGUUUGGAGGGAUCCACCAUGCUGUUAGACAACGACAGCCCCAUCCCGCAGAUCUCUUUUGAGGCUGACAAGAAUACAGGUGGUGUGGAACCAGCAUAUGCAGACUUGGCUGAAGAGCUGCCUGUGGGAUCUAUUAAAGUGCCUAUCCUCAUUGUCCCCAAGCCUGGGGGAGUCCCCGCCACUGGCAUGGAGUGCCCACCUUUUCAGGACAUAAAGGGGUCACAUCACAUGUUGUCGUCACAGGUCGGCGGAAGGGCGCAUUCACUGGAUGACUCGCCCAGCAUCAAACAACGUUUGGCCCUGAGGCUGACUGAGAAAAAGGGCCAGGACACUGAAUGUGCCACGUCCCAGUCCCUGAACCUCCUCAGUCCUCACAGCAAGGGCAGCACAGACUCUGGCUACUUUUCCCGCUCCGAGAGCGCAGAGCAGCAGAUCAGCCCUCCAAAUGCUAAUGUCAAGACCUACGAAGAGAUUAUGUUCGGUCGAACUUGGUACUACCGACCCAACUCCAGGUCCAGACAGUCGAUCACAGUGGCCAUGGCAGGGGCAGACCCUAGCAGCCUGGCUAGUUUAAAACAAUCAGGUGCUAUUCUCGACAUGGGAAAGAUAGCUGAGGAUAAUAUCUGUUUCAGAGGGGAUGUAGGAAUCUCUGGAGAUCCCAAGCAGUAUCCAACAGGACCCUGUCAAAGCAGUACAGGGCUUCUCGAGCCUCCAUCAGAUUCUGGGCCCCUCAUAAGGAGCAACUCUAUGCCAACUUCCUCCCCGCCUAACCUCAGCGUCCCACCGGGUAUUCGGGGCAGCCACUCUUUCGAUGAGAUGAUGACAUCGGACGAUGUGUUUUACCCACAAGGGCUUCGCAUACUCAGAAGACAGGCUGCAUUUGAACAUUCAGCCACUGAAGCCCAUGUAGGAGAGGCUGAGGGCUAUGGACACAAGAAUUUAGCUAUGAAGAUUGGUGAGCGCAGCCCAGGAGUCCCAGAUCACGUUGCCUACAGCCCAUAUGGUACUAAAGUUAGCAUGUCAGAAAUAGCCACAAGAAAAAGGAGGAAAGAGGAGAGUGUUGGGGAUGAGGAGGACAGCCCCGGACAUUGUGACAGUAGCUGUAGUGGUUCAGUGGACAUGAUAGGGGACUAUGAGUUUAAGCAAAGUAGUCUUGAUGGGUCGAGAGCCACUCCAACAGGGAAGGGCUCUCUUGGUGCUCACAGCCAAUCAAACAGCUUUGAUACCUGUGCCAGCAUGUGCUCUGAGGACUUUGCACUGUUCACUGACUCUGAGGGCAGGAAGGCAGCUGGGAAUGUCAUAUCAGUCAUCCAACACACCAACUCCCUCAGCCGCCCUAAUUCCUUUGAGAAGUCAGAGUCCUUUGAGCAGUCAGGGUAUCCGUCAUCAGAUAAAGGUCCAUCCAGCCAGUACUCUGAGCAGUCCGACACAGAUAUCUUUGAAGACGCUCUGAGUCCUGAAUCUGCCCUGCUGAGGACAGAGAGCAUGGAGCAGCAGCUGCAAAGCGACAACGACCUGGCCUCUCUGUCAUCUUCCUCAGCUGCAGCCUCGCCCGGCCAACCUUAUCACAUCCCACACAAGCUGGUUCGGCAACCCAACAUCCAGGUUCCAGAGAUCAGGGUGACGGAGGAGAUAGACAAACCCGAGAAAGACCCCGUAGCUCCGAUGACCAAGGAGCCAGAUAAGCAGCAGCACGUCGAGGAGUUUCAGCUGCCGCAGAGGAGUGACACACUCUCCCAGAUGCCCUCGGAGAAGCUCCCCCCAAAGAAGAAGAGGCUGCGCCUGACGGACCUGGAGCACUCGUCUGGGGAAUCAAGCUUUGAGUCGACCUGCAACAGCCUUUCUCGCAGCCCCAGUCAGGAGAGCAACCUGUCCCACUCCUCUUCCUUCUCCAUGUCCUUUGACAGAGAUGAAGGCCUCAAGUCUGUCUCACCCACCAGACAGGAUGACUCGUCGGCCUCCGGUGGUGGAGCCAAGCCGUCAGAGUUUCUAACGGUACCCGGCAGCGGUCAUUCCAGCCACCACCAGCAGAGGGAGAUGAGGAGGUCUUCAUCUGAGCAGGCACCAUGCACGCUGCCCACGGAGUUGCCCGAAAUGCGCAGCAAGUCCUUUGACUAUGGAAGUUUGUCCUCCUCCAGACAAGGGGAGCUGUACUCCAGUGCCUCUGCAAUGAAGGAACGCCGGCGUGGAUAUCUUGUCCGACAGGCUUCAUUGAGUGUUUAUCCAGAGGCAGUCGCUCAGGACCCGGGAAGUACUGAGCUGUCAAUCAAACAGGAGAGUUUGGAACAUGGGGCGUGGCCUGGACCGACGGGAUCCCCCCACAGCAGCAGUGAUGUAACCAGCAGAACCAAGAGAGUAGGCGGCAGCGGCACUGGUGGUAUGGGAUCUCACCGACACCAUCAGCAUCUCCUGCAGCAGAGUAUCAGUGAGGAUAGCCUGCAGGAUGAACCACUCUACGUCAGGUCCAAGCAUCAUCGCCUGAAGGCACAGGGCUCAUCGUCUGAAGGAGAACAUCCAGGUCACGAGGUCAUUAACAAGGAGCUGAUCCAGCAGUACCAGAGUGGUCCCCCCUUCCUUUCCUUCCAGCAACCAGGUCUAUUCUGGAGCCAGGAGGCCGGACAGACACCCAGACAGCAACUCCAAAAACUCCACAUCAGAUCACCAGGCGCCGUUGCUGGACAUCCACCACACAAGCAACAGCCGCUCCACUCCCUGCAGCAAAUCCAUGAUCAACAGUCACACGAUGGAAAGCCAGAAACUGCGAGCUCCCAAAUGUACUCUGCCUCUUUCUCAGCCCGAGCCUCUCCCUUGUCACAGCAACAGCAAAACUAUGGCUUGCUCUCCUCCAAGUUCCCCCUGCCCAACUCCACCGCCGCCUCCAUGCUUCUGCAGCAGAUCCAACCCGUCUUUGCCACCCAGAACCUGGGAUCCCAGACCUCGCUGCCUGGUAUGCUGGUUCCUGUACGGAUCCAAACCCAUGUGCCAUCGUUUGGUAGUGUUAUGUACACCAGUGUUAGUCAGCUGGUAGCUAGCCAUGGCAGCGGAGCACAUGGAGUAGGCUUAGCCAGGCCGGGAAGUGCCGACAACAGCGCCGCUUCUCCUGCAGUUGGCGUUGCAGGCACCAACAAACCACCUGGAGGAAUUGGAGGAGGUUUCAACUUGUCGCACUUCCUGGGACAGACCGAAGGCUCUGUGCUGCGCUACCCUCCCUGGAAGGUACCAGAAUCACUGCCAGAGCAACGGCUGAACACAGGAAUCCCUCUGUCGCUAACGUCAGGCACCAUAUCCACCACAGACGCCUCGGGGUCUGGCAUCGGCGGCAGCAAGCGCAUGCUCUCUCCCACCAGCUCCGUGGAGCUCUUCAUCGAGACUAAGCAGCAGAAAAGGGUGAAGGAGGAGAGGAUGUAUGGACAGAUUGUGAAGGAGAUGAGCGCCGUGGAGCUGAGUGGGACGGAAAGCAGUAGAAAGACGGAGAAGGGGCAGAGGAGCGAAGGCUCCAUGGAUGACUUUGAGAGGAUGUUUUCUUCUUCACCAAAGAUUGCCAUUCCCGUCCGUUCCUCGGCCCCCCACCUCCCUGAUGUACCCCGGGCUGAGAGCUUCACCCCUCCUCUCCAGAUUGUCACAGACCGCUCCCCGUCGUCGGGUGGCCGGGACUCUCCGGAGGAGCUGGACGUGGACGAUUCAGCUGCGGAGCCCAACUUGAGCCCCCAGUCUAUGGCCUCCUCAAACGACGCAGAAGAUACCGACGACACGAAUCGCCCUGCAUCCAGUAAGAACCCCGUCAGCAUGCUGGUUCAGCUCUCUGCGAACCAAAGCGCAGGUUUAUCCGCAACGGUGGGCCCCACCCUGCUACUCACGGAUGUGGCUGAUGUCCAGCAGUAUUUCCGGUUCCCCAGCCUGCGCACCACGAGCACAGUCAGCUGGUGUUUCCUGAAAUACACCAAACCCAACUGCACCGAGGCCACUUUGCGCGGCUCUGUCUACAGUUCGUGGUGCGUGAACUCGUACAAUCCCAAUCCUCUGAAUCUCAGCACCAAGGCUGCACUGGCCCUGCUGAGGUCCAAACAGAAGAGGGACACCGACUUGGUGUACGCAACAGCGGCUAUGUCACCCCCCAGCUCCGGAAAACUGGUUUCAUCUGUGGCCUGGAAGCUGAGAUUUGAUCAGUUGAAGCCAGAGCUGAUGCCGGUCGACGUCUGUCGCUUUGGGAGGAAGAUGAAGGGAGUGGUGUCGUGGGACCGUUCGAAGGAGGAGCAGGUGGAGAAGGAGGUGUCGGUCAAACAGCCCGCCACCGAACCGGCCCGCAUCAAGAUCUUCGAAGGCGGGUAUAAAUCCAACGAGGACUAUGUUUACGUCCGCGGUCGCGGCCGGGGGAAGUACAUCUGCGAGGAAUGUGGCAUCCGCUGCAAGAAGCCGAGCAUGUUGAAGAAGCACAUCCGCACGCACACGGACGUCCGGCCGUACGUCUGCAAGUUCUGCAACUUCGCCUUCAAGACCAAAGGAAACCUGACGAAGCACAUGAAGUCCAAGGCUCAUAUGAAAAAAUGUCUGGAGUUGGGAGUCUCCAUGUCUUCGGUAGAAGACGCUGAGGCAGACGAUGGAGAUGGCGGAGACGAAGGUCAGAGGUCCGAGAAGAGUAACCGAGGGUCGACGUCCGAGCACCAGUUCUCCGACGCAGACGACUCAGACGGCGGCGAGGAGGACGGCGACGAGAUCGACGAUGACGACGAGGACGAGGACGACUACGACGGCGACUCCACUCCGAAGACCCGCUCGCGCUCCACCAGCCCGCAGCCCUUCGGCCUGCCCUCCCUGUCCAUCACGUCCGUGGCCGCCGCCCACCCGUCCCCUCACCUGUCGUCCGACCUCCUGGGAAACGCCAACAGGCCGCCGCUGUUCGGCUACUUCACCACCGUGCCGAGUAUUCACAUCACGCCGCAGGCGCCGCCCGGCGACCCGACGGGGAGGGGGGAGCGUGGUCCGGAGUACCAGCGAGGCCUGCAGAGGACGCAGGGAAGCAGGCUGCUGGUCCCGCCCUCUUCCUCCUCCAUGGAUGAAGACCUUUCGCUCCCCUCCCCAGACCUCUCCUCCCCCUCCUCCCGCCUGUCCUCACCCGGGCUGGACCACUCCGGCUGCCCGUCCCCCAUUUCCCCGUCCUCCUCUCCGUCCGCUCGCCGUUACCUCUCGCCACGUCGCGACCUCUCACCCCGCGCCCGACACCUCUCGCCCCGGCGGGACGCCUCCCCUUUGCGCCACAUUUCCCCCAAAAGAGACCUGGGGGCGGCGGGGGGAUACCGGCGGGACCUCUCCCCCAGGAGGGGGCACCUCUCGCUGCUCUCCCCUCUCUCUCGACCCACGUCUCCAGCGGGAAGGGACUACAAGCGCGACCUCUCGCCAAGAGGCCGCCACAGGGGCGUGAUCCGGCCUCUGUCCCCUCGCAGGGGACUCCACCAGCACCUCCUCCACCAGAGCCAGCAGAGCGGAGCGAGGGGCCUGAGGGCGACGCUGGGUCCGGCGGAGUUCGUCCCUGUGGGUCGUCGCAGGACCAGCGCGGAAAUGGAAACGGAGCAUCGUCCAGAUUCACCGUCGCUAGGGGAACAGCGCCACGCCAGUAGCUAUGGUAACCAGUCCAGCCCUCCUCACCAGGUCCUGUUCAGUCACCUUCCUCUUCACUCUCAACUCCAGGUGCGCUCGCCGUACCCAAUGGUCCCGAUCGGAGGGAUCCAGAUGGUUCACCCCGUCCCCUCGUCGGUCACCACGCCGCUGGCCCAGCAGGCCACGCCCCGCCCGACGCUGCAGAGGAGCACGUCGGAGGACGGCGACGCUGCUUCCCCACAUUUCACCUCCUUCAUCGAGAGGGGAGGACGAGGAGGAGGAAGAGGAGGAGGAGGAGGACGAGAGUGGGGGAGGGAGUCGUCCUCGCAGGGCAGGGAGGGAGGGGGAGUGAGGAGGGAGCAGGAGGAGGGCGUCCGGACCUGCACCAACGCCAUCGCCUCACUCUGCAUCGACUCCUCCGAGGAGCCUGCGGAGCGAGGGGGAGGAGGACGCAGGGUGGAUGAACGUAAAGAUGGAGGCCGAGCUCCGUCCUCCUUCUCGUCCUCCCCCGACUCCCAACAGCAACGUAACCGCUCGCCGUCCGUCUCCACGACGCCGCCCUCCCCUCGCCCUUCGCCUCCUCCUGGGAUUCAGCACUUUAGCGGCCUGGAGCUCCGGCCCCCUCACCCCCCUCACCCCUCCUCUCCUCACCCCUCCUCUCCUCACCCUCCUCAUCCUCCUCACUCCUCCUCUCCUCAUCCCGUACGGUUCAAAGUUCCAGUGACGUCAGCUCCUGGUCAGCCGGCGCCUCCUGGUGGUCAGCUCCUGGUCAGCCGGCGCCUCCUGGUGGUCAGCUCCUGGUCAGCCGGCGCCUCCUGGUGGUCAGCUCCUGGUGGUCAGCUCCUGGUCAAACGGGCGCCUCCUGGUGGUCAGCUCCUGGUCAGCCGGCGCCUCCUGGUGGUCAGCUCCUGGUGGUCAGCUCCUGGUCAGCCGGCGCCUCCUGGUGGUCAGCUCCUGGUCAGCCGGCGCCUCCUGGUGGUCAGCUCCUGGUGGUCAGCUCCUGGUCAAAAGGGCGCCUCCUGA